GCAACAUAUAAACCUAAUUAAAUUGAUUGUUAUUGUUAAUUUUUUUCUCGCAAUUAAUUUUGAUUAAUUUUCUCACACUUUAUUAUUAAUCAUUUAGUUAAAUGGAAAUAUUUAUCAACUUUAUUGAUUUCAAAUAGUUAAUAAUGAAUUGAAUGUUGGAUAAUAUUGUUUAUAUCAAUAUCUCUGUGUGUGUAUAUUUGUUUAGGUUAAUUGUUUGAUUGAGAUUCUCAUGAUGAAUUAGUUAAUCAUAUUGAUUUUGAUUUGUGUUUACUUAUCAUUUUUCAAUUGUUAAGGUUGAAAUGUGAACAAUUGUUGUUUUUUUGUUCAUUGAUUUAGUUACCUGGAUGUUGAAGGUUAGUUAUCAAUGAAUGAUUUGAUUUUGAGUUUAAUUGUUUGAUUACUAUGGAUUCUAAUGGGAUUGAUCGUCGUCAGGUUAAAUCGUCGACUCGAUGUCCUACACCCAAACCUAGCGAACGGAAGUUGAGUAUUGUUUCCUGUUCCUCUUUGAUUGCUCGUCAUUUUGGUGAAAAUGGUGAAAACGGUAAUAAGGUUUUUCCGGGUGGACAUUUUGUUGGACAUGGCGGUGGACAAAGUGACAUUUUAUCGAUUGAAGAUGUUGACCCAAAUAAUAUGACGGAUACUGAAGGUUCGGGGACACUUUUUGUUCUUAAAAAUUUAAUCUGGUCCAUGAAGAUUAUCGGCUUAUGGCCAAAAGCGCAGAGUAAAUUUUUCGAUCGGCUUAACCCUCAAUCGUGGGUCGUUUUUGUUUACCUUCACGUUUACGCCGUUCACAAUGUGGUCAACUGGUUAUUCACUUAUUAUCAGUACUCAGAUUUCACAAUUUUCUUGGAAAACGCAUCCAUGGUCAUUAGAACUGGAGCAACGGCCGUGACAUUUGACCUUUUCUUCAUAAAAUACUUGGAAUCGGUUCGAUCAAUUAAACAAGUUGGACUUUUCCCCUUCAGUGAAGGAGGGGUCAGUCUAAUGGAGCUUAAAACUCCGAUCAAUCUACUGGUCAUCGCUAGUUGGGCCUAUCUGAUUAUGGUUCUUGGGUUCACUUCGUGGUCAACGGCAACAAUGGGAGUCCAAAAGUUUAUGGACUAUUAUUUUUAUGGAUUCAGGGUCGGACAUGUAAACGCCAUCGUGAUGAGAUUCGUAAUGGCCUUUGUUUGGAUCGCUCAUAUUGGUAUAACUUUGUCGGCGGAGAUUUUUCUUAAAUCCUUUUACGUUGCUUCGUGCCUAUUGUUGGGUAAAACGGCUCGAGCUUAUAAUGCAAUGGUGGCCAAUCUUGGUGAACAGGACACGAUGACCGGAGCCGAUGUUAACAAGGUCAACAAAUUACACACCCAAUUAACUGACCUUGUCCAUGGAGUGGACAAAAAUUUCACCCUAAAAGCUUUCAUCUGGAUAUCAACAAUUUUCCUUAACCUUUGCAUUAAAAUUGGAAUCAUUUGUAUCGCUACUGACCCAAGUUGGGUGAGUAAUGCUACACUGGACAUUAUUAACUAUCUGGUCAUUUUUGUCGUCAUCUCAUUGACCGCUGCUGAUGUUUCCCUUCAAUGUGAGAUUUUACUUCCGCUUGCCCACCGAUUAGGCAAAGCGGACAUGAAAAACUUGACCGUUCUUUAUCAGGCUAAAUUGAUGAUCGCUAAGAUGAGCCACCCGAUCGCCCAAUUAACGGGAUGGAAAUGUUUUGUUCUAGAUCGACCCUUCAUCUUGACCAUUACUGGAACCAUCUUGACCUAUUCAGUUGUACUCAUGCAAAUGUCCAGAUCAAUGGCCGCUCAAAAUAACAUGAAAAACUUGAUCGCUAACAAUACAAAUCUUAUUGAAUCAAUGAAAAACUCAACAAUUUGAUUUAAUAUUCUUGAUUACUUCUUAGUGUUGAUAGUUAAUUGUUAGUUAAUCAGCUCUCUCUCUCACUCUCGUUGGAUUUGAUAAACUGUUAUAAUAUUUAAAUUCAAUUGUAUUCAUGUAAAACUAAGUAAUUAAUUGUUAACCAAUAAAAUUAUGUUGCACUUUGGAAAA